UCUGGGCCAAGUCCAUGGCUCGUCGUGCUGCGGAGGCACUGCUCGUCCUCGGGUUCCUCUUCCUACCCCUCACGGCGUCGAGCUUCCUCGUCCCAGAGAGCCCGCGCCGGUCCGGCGAGACUGGCGACGAGGUGCUCGGCAUCGCACUCGGCGCAACCCACUCGUGCAUUGCCGCCGUACACCGGGACGGCUCCAUAAAGAUCGUCCCCGACGACCAGGGCAACCGCGUCACCCCCGGGUGGGUCGCCUUCACCGACGACGGCGAGAGGCUCGUCGGCGAGGCCGCCAGGAACCAGUACGCCGCCAACCCGAACCGCACCAUCUAUGGCGCCAAGCGACUCCUGGGACGGCGGUUCAGCGACGCCGACCUGCAGCGGGACGUGGAGACCUUGCCGUACGCCGUCGUCGACCGGGAAGGGAUGCCGUACGUCAGGGUGGACGACGUGCGGACGCUCAGACCCGAGGAGAUCACGGCCGCGGUGUUCGCAGACAUGAUGGACAGGGCGGCGGCCCACCUGGGCAGGAAGGUCACACGGGCGGUGCUCACCGUCCCCGCCCACUACACCGACGCGCAGCUGUAUGCUACCAAGGAGGCCGGCAUUCUCGCCGGCCUCGACGCCCUCCGCUUGGGGCGACGCGAGGAACAUGCUGGUGUUCGACCUCGGCGGCAGCACGCUCGACGUCGCCGUGCUCACCUCGAUGAAGGCGUGUUCGAGACCAUGGCGAGCCGCAGCGACGCCCACCUCGGCGGCGACGACUUCGACCGCCGACUCGCGGACUACUUCGUCGAGCUGGUCCAGCGCAAGCACGGCUGGGACGUCACCGGCGACGGCAGCGCGAUGCAGAGGCUGCUGCGGGAGUGCGAGCGCGCCAAACGGGCGCUGAGCGAUCAGCACCAUGUGCUCGUGGAGCUCAAGGCGCUGUUGGACGGCGUGGACCUGUCGGAAACGCUCACGAGGGAGCUGUUCGAGGAGCUCAACCAAGACCUCUUCUUGAAGACGAUGGCCCCGUUGAAGAAGGCCCUGGCGGACGCCGAGCUGGAGAAGCGAGACAUCCACGAUGUCGUCCUCGUGGGCGGCAGCAGCAGGAUCCCCAUGGUGCAGCAGCUUGUCAAGGACUACUUCGACGGCAAGGAGCCCGUCAACGUCGACGGGAUCAACCCUGACGAGGCCGUCGCCUACGGGGCCGCCGUUCAGGGGAGCUAUCUGGCUGGACACCAUGACGACGACGACAAGGUGUUUUGGGGGAUAGUUGACGUGCCGCAGCCCGCUAUUGGCAUCGAAGCCGCCGACGGGGCAAUGGUGAAGCUGAUCCGGAGGGAUGCCGGCUACCCGGCGAAGGGGAUGGAUGUCAUCACCACUUAUUGGAACAAGCGGACCACCGUUGCAAUCAAGGUGUAUGAGGGCGACAGAAGCGAGGUCAAGGAUAACAGACUCCUCUGCCAGCUUGACCUCUCUGAAAUCCCACCUGCAAGUAUAUGGAACUGGGGAAGGCGGGAUAUCGAGGUGACCAUCCAGGUGGACGAGGCGGGCACGAUCCAUGCCGGGGCGACGGACAAGGCCUCCGGCAAGACGGCCAAGACCAGCUAUGGUUAUCAUCAUCGCCGGAUGAGUCAGGAAGAGUUCGACGCUAUGAUGCGUGAAAUGGACGAGUUCGCCAGGGACGGCAAAGCUAGGCUGGAGGCCUACGUGCACAGCAUCAAGGAGACCCUUGUCGCCGCUGGUGGCAUGGAGCUGGAGGAGAAGAAGAGGGGGGAGGUGGAGGGUGAGGUGAUGGCGGUGAGCAAGUGGCUCGACGGAAACACAUACACCGCCGAGGAGGGCGACUAUGAGAAGAAGCUCAGUGAGUUGCAGGGCGUGUGCGACCCCGUCAUCUCGGCCAUGCAAACAAGGUUGGGAGAUGACCUCGAUGACUACGAGGAUGAGCUUUAGGUCGUUGGAUGGCAAUGACCCUGAAAAUAACAAUUGUUAGCAUUAAUUGAUUAAUUAAUCAAUUCAUUGCUUAGAGGCAGUACUAGCUAAAUACCCACACAUAGCCACAAAACAAUCACAAUGUCAAUUUUACAUGAUAGAGGCAUUAAACAUAGUGUUUCUAAAGUUAUUGUCUUUAUUUUAUUAUUACAGUUUAA